GUAUUAAUAUAUUUCCUCUUUACUUAAAAUAUAUCAGUUUUUAUAUAACAAUAUAUUUUAAGUAAAGCUAUUGCAAUUUAUUUGGGUAGUUAUUUGUAUAUGGUUGUUGUGUACAAGAAAUGUUAUAAAAGUGAGUUGACAUACACAAUUUAUUAGAGCAGUUGUCGGUGUGACAGGUUUGUUCAUCAAACGUAAAUAUUUUAAAAUUUUUAGUAGUUGGCAUUAUCCAUUUUUCACUGGCGGGGACUUGCCCAGGCAGAUGCAGCAUCUUCGACACUUCAACUGUUUGAACGCUGCAGCGGAUCUUUUCAGGGACUGAUUAACACGGUAAGUUGAGCAAAUUUAACCGAGUGAUUGAUGUAGAAUCACGCGAAAUCGCUUACUCUACUAGGGAGCUGAGGUUAGGUUUGCAAAUUGCACUGUAUAGCCAGCUAUCCUGCACACGACAAGCCGACAACGGCCGCUCUGAUAAUGAAAAUAUUGGACAUUAAACGCUAAGGUAAAAGUUAACCUAAGUUAACAUUAGUACUAGGCUAGUUUAAGUUAACGCUUAACUAACGGUUAAAAAUGAUAUUAUUGGUAAAAUUAAAGCCAAAGUAGCCUUAAAACACAUAGUAGCCAUGACUACAGAACUUAUUUCAUUUCAUAUUAACAAUGCGGUCUCCGGUGGGCUUUGCAGCUGCGUUAUCAGCAGCAGAGAUGCUAGUGAAUUUGAUAGCAGUGGCUCACCUGUUACUAGCAGCACCUGCUAACAUCGCCACUGUUACAACAUUUAGGAUGGACUUGUUUAAAAACGCAAAUACUCAGGUAUUAAUUAGUUGCACAAAUGCCCUCCGUUAUAUUUUUAGAUUGCACAGAUUAUUUCGGAAUCAUAUGUGAUCGAAACGGUCGCAGUUUAGAGCCUUCAGGCAAUAGUUUUGCGGGCAAAUCAGAGAUCAUGUUAUUAUACUUUUGCAUUACUAAAGUAGAUGCACAGAACUGACUGUAGAGAUGUAUGUUUAGACUUCUCUGUCUGAUUUUAGAGAUUUGAUCCACGUUUUUUUUUAUUCUGCAAAGAAUUAUUCUGCAAAACUAUGUCUAACCUAUUACUUAAAUCAAUUACAUUUACAACUGAUUUUUAACUUUAUUCUAACAUGUAUUUUCCUGGUCUUUAGAUACCCAAGCACUUUUGUUACCUGAGGGUCUUCAAGCUUCAUAUUCAGGCUACAUCACCAAAAUGGAGGCAGCUGUAAAAUUUCGAGUCAUCCUGGACCAUGACAUAAAGAAACUUUGUCUUCCUGGAAUGCCAGAUACAGUUAAAGAGUUGGAAGCAACAAUAAAACAAACAUUUGGGAUCUCAAUGGACAUAAGCCUUCAGCGCAAAGACCAGGAUUUUGAUGACUUUGUUACUUUAAGUUCAAUUGAUGACCUGAAGGAUAGGGACACCCUGAAAGUAGUGUAUGUUCCACCUGUCAUUUUGUUUACAAAUGUUGACAUUCCUGAGCUCCCAAAAGAAGACUGCUCUGUCUCCAGAUCAGUGUCAGAAAAUGACUCUUUGUCUCUACCAUCAACAUCAAGUGGCUCCAUCUCUGCGGAAUCUGAUGACACUAUAAUACUCAGUCCCCGUAGCCCUGGAAUGCACAAGCCAUGGCCAACUGAGUUUCCUAUCCCAAAGUUUUCAUAUAACACUGAACUCGUGCUUCAAAAAGGCAAUGAAAACUACCUCAGAGAUGGUUCCCUUUUGUGCAAAGAGAAGUCUUACCCUGGUGUUAAGUCCAACAUUCUGGAGUGUUUAGCUGAGCUCAUCUUUUCUUACACUCCCUACCCAAGUGAUGCACAUCGAUGUGCAGUCGCAGAGGCUCUCAUAAAAAAGAACCCAUGUUUGAAGGAGCCAGGCUCCUUCAAUGGUCUCUAUGGAUGGCAGCAGAGCCUGAAGUAUAAGGUAGGAAACUACCGAAGCAAACUACGGAUGCAUGGGAUUCCAGAAGUCUUGGUGAACUCUCUAAAGCGCAAAUCUUCUGAAGAUAAGCAACCAGCAAAGAAUAUAAAAAAACCACGAAAAGCUGAGGUUAACUACCUGCCCCCUCAUCCAGCUGGGGAAACAGAAGAUUCCCUUGAGAGUAACAGGCUGGACUUGAUUUCUGAGACAAAGAAAAAGAAUAACAGCAGAGUUGUAAAUGAGAUGAUGUCAAGAACCUUCAGUUUGAGAAGACAGGAGAUUGUAGGUCAAGCCCCAAGUGUUGCAGAUCUUCUAGAGAGAUGGCCUGCCCUCUUUGAACCAUCACAGAUCUAUGAAGAGUUCCUGAGAAUCAGUGGCAUAUCUCUUGAAUCAACAUUUAUGUCACAGUUGGACAGGCAAACUCCAAAGCUGUUGUCACUUUUCAACGCAAAAGGAGGAGCCGUCGGGCAAAGAAUCAAGUCCCAAAUGAUGACACUCAUCCAGGAUCCAUCUGCCUCUGUGGAGAAAAGGAGAGAAGUGGUCCUCAGAUGCCUGAUUGAGUAUAUGGGGGAGAGACAGGAAGACCUCAUCAGUGUCCACCACAGUCAUGAUGAAAGCGAGGUGCAGGCUGAGCUUGGCAGUUGCCCACUGAAAAUUUACAUGUGCCAUCAUCCCGACACAAUUGGAAUUAUCAUAGAAGGAAAGCCCGUGGUCAGAGGUGUGCCAAACCUGUCGAAAGCAUGCUGCCUCUUGUUUGGACUUACAUAUGCCCUCGACCUCAAGUAUCCCCCAAAGUUGGUGUACACAUUCGAGAUAUAUCAGAGGCUGUUUGUGGGAUUGGACCCCAUGCGUCCUAAGCCAUCAUCCAAGUAUACCAAUCUCCUCAUUAAGUUAUCUUAGAUGUUUUCUCAAUGACAUCUGACAUUGUUUGCCAUCAUUUUACAAGUCUCUGAAUUUUACAAGUAUUUUGAUUUAAAAUACAAAAAUCUUACAGAUUUU